GAGUAUAUACAGACAUGUACGGACUGAUAAACUAACUCACGCCACACUUACAUAGAGGUCUCGCGUAAAGCCGGAGCAUGGAGCUACCUGUGUUCUCACCUGGCGGUUGUCUACCUGUGGCGAUUAUUCUGUUAUGUCAGGUGUGGUAUGGGCAGGGUCACGUGACAUACAUUGCAGCAAGACUUCCUCUGCAGGGUCAACGCGCAAAGCCUGGUAGUCCGUGGCCGCUACCUGCGCACAUGACACAAACAGACCAUAUAUGGGCAUUGGAUCCAGCCUCGUUUUCAUUUACUUCCAACAUUGAAAGCUGUGACAUUUUGACACAGGCAUUUCAGCGAUACCGGAAGUUAAGUUUCUUUGACCGGAAAUCAAGUAAGCCUACAAGAAAUGUCCUUGAAGGUCUGAGGGUGAAUGUCAAGGACGCGGCAUGUGACGGGUACCCCAGUUUCGAGAUGGAUGAGUCUUAUACCCUCAAUGUGACGUCAUCAGCUGUCAUGGCCGCUCAAUCCGUGUGGGGAGCUCUCCGAGGUCUGGAGACAUUCAGUCAACUCAUCUACAUGGAUGGAGAUCAGCACAAGAUCCGCGAGACUUACAUCGAGGACAGACCCAGGUUCCAGCACCGAGGCAGCAUGGCGGACACCGCGCGACACUACAUCCCUGUGCCCGUUCUGUUAAAACACCUGGACGCCAUGGCCUACAACAAGCUGAACGUGUUUCACUGGCACAUCGUGGACGACCAGAGCUUCCCCUACGUCAGCACCACGUUUCCGGAACUGUCUCAGAAGGGAGCCUAUUCCAGUAAACAUCUCUACACCCAAGACAACAUUUCCGCCAUCAUUGAGUAUGCGCGCAUGCGUGGUAUACGUGUGAUUCCGGAGUUUGACACCCCUGGCCACGCGGAGGGGUGGGGCCGAGCCCUCCAGUAUCUGCUGACGACAUGCUGGGCGGACGGAGAACCAGCGAGAGCCAAUUACUCUGAUCACGCCCAAUAUGAGAACCUGGAUCCUACCCAGAAUGCAACAUACGACUUCCUGUCGGAAUUCUUCUCGGAGGUGAAGGACGUUUUCAAGGACGAAUUCCUCCACAUGGGGCUGGACGAAGCUCAUUAUAUGUGCUGGAAGUCCAGUCCGAAUAUCUCUGACUUCAUGACCCAGAUGGGCUACAAACCCGGCGAGUUCUACCGCCUGGAGCAGUACUUUAAUGACAGGCUUCUUGACAUCAUUUCCGGUAUGCGCAAACGGUAUCUGGUGUGGCAGGACCCGAUAGACAAUGGCGGGAAGGUCGCCUCGAAUGCACUCGUGCAAGUAUGGAAAGACACCAAACAGUGGCCUGAUGAGUUUGAUGACUGGCAGACGUACCUUAGGCAUGUAACAGAACAAGGUUAUGACGUCAUCUUCUCCUCGUGCUGGUAUCUUAACGUCAUCAGUUACGGCGAGGACUGGCUAGAUUACUACAAGUGCGACCCCCUCGACUUCAACGGCACCGAGACCCAGCGGGGUCACGUGGUGGGGGGAGAGGCGUGUCUGUGGGCUGAGUACGUGGACGGCACCAACUUCCUCUCAAGAUACUGGCCACGUGCGUCCGCUGUGGCCGAGCGUCUGUGGAGCCCGGGGUCCGUGACGGACGUCAACGCCGCCAGGUUCAGAAUUGACCAGCAGAGAUGUCGCAUGGUCAGGCGAGGUAUUCCUGCACAGCCCAUUCUCCCCGGGUACUGCGGCGACUACGACUUCGGAUUUCAGCCGGAACUGGAACCAGCGCAACGGACUGACAAAGCAGCCUGUACCGGAAGCUCUGACAUCGCCAUCUUGAAUAUAUAUUUACUCAUCGCAACAGUUCUGAAUUCAGCACAUUUGGCUACAUCUAACUGGAUGGUAAUAUAUUCCUGACAUCCUUUAACGAUAAAACUGGGAUAAGAAGGAACAGUUUACGCACAAUACACUCCGUGAGCUUGUCCUGUGUAUUGUAAUGGACGCAAUACGGGGUGUAUUUUGAGAUUUGGCUAUUCGUUUUUUGUAAACGACCGUGUUGUGAUACAUUUACAAUCAGUAUACCUAAUGAUCCACAAAACGUACGAUUGUAUAUUUAGUCAGUUGCUUAAAGGUGGGGUGCGAACUUCUGCGAAUGGGAUGCGAAUAUGUGAAGGGGUGAUUUGGGUUGAAAGCCGUUCAUUUUAUAUAUCACAGCGUGUCAGCUUGAUGCGAGAGGAAAGCCUCAAGUUACUAUAACUAUUGAGUGAGUGAGUUUGGGUUUACACCGCUUUUAGCAAUAUUCCAGCAAUAGCACGGCGGGGGACACUAGAAAUACGCUCCACACAUUGUAACCACGUGGAGAAUCGAACCUGGGUCUUCGGCGUGACGAGCGAAAGCUACCCCACCGCCCCACGUCGUGUAUUGAGCGAUCUACAGAUCAUAGAUCAAAGUUUGUAAGUUAGAGACCUGAGACCACUGCACCCCCUGGCCCCACCCACCCACCACGCACCCCUGGACCCACUGAAAAAAUGAAAAACAAAUGGACAUAACAAUAAACAAAUAUCCGAAG